AUGGGGGACUACCGGCAGGGCUACGCGGACACGACGACUACGACGACGACCACGAUGCCCCACGAGGGCGAGGAGAUGAUGGAUAGGCGGAGAUACGACCGCAGCCCCGAGGGCUUCACGUACGAGUUUCGAGAUGUCGACCUGACGAACGGCGAGAAAGGCAGCGAGGAGGUUCGGUCUGCGAAUAAGAGGAGUCGCUUCUGUCCAGCUUGGCUUCGCGAUGGAGACGGUAUGCCUCACUUCACCUCACCUCCCUCAACCUCCCACACAACACCCCGUGCUUCUUCCAAGCAUCCCUUCCCAUCCUCCCCCUACUUUACCACCACGCAGUACAACUCACACAGCCCGGGUCUCUCCCACCCUCUAGGCAUCGACCAAGGCUGGAAGCCCUUCUCCAUGACGACGCCCAUCCUGCUCUCCCUCGCGCUCCUCUCGCUGCUCGUCGCCGCGGGCAUCGAGACGCUCGCGCAGCGGAGCGCCGCGCGCGGCGGGCUGGCCCUCGCCCCGACGCAGGACGACAUCCCCGCGGCGGCCAUGUUUGCGUACCAGUACGUGCCCAACGUGGCCGCCGCGGUGUACAGCCUCGUGUGGAACUGGGUCGACCUGGAUGUCAAGCGCAUGCAGCCGUGGUUUGAGCUCAGUAAGGCGGAUGGGGCGAAGGGGGAGGACUCGCUGCUGUUGGACUAUCCGGUCGAGUUCGUGGCAUUCGUGCCGCUCAAGGCAGCAAGAAAGAGGCAUUGGCCCGUGGUCAUUUCUGGAACGAUCAUGAUGCUUGUCUUCUGGGUCAUCACACCGCUGCAAAGCGCCAUUCUGGGUACCGGAGUUGUGCAACGGACAAGCGCAAUGACUAUCAUCACAAGGUCGCAGCUCAUCCCUGUGUCGGAGCAAAAGGCCAAGAUAGCUCCCGAGCUUCUGACGAGAGGAUACUCCAUUGGAUGGCUGAACCAGACUUGCCCCCAAUUCAUGACACCGGAGUACGUGCUCCUGCCCUAUUACGUUGACGGCGACCCGGCACCGGAAAAGUCCCAGGCGAAUUGGACGGCAACGACGACCAAGUUAUCUGUCGACCUGGUGUGCCGGUCAGCUAACAUCUCUCGCCGCGGGUCGACGCUCAAUCCUACCUACUACUACUCGGACGGCCAAGGCUGCGAGAUGAAGAUCGACUUGCCAUACGCCUACAACGGGAAUACGACUUACAAGCUCGAGUACGUUGGAUAUUACGGCAGCGCGUAUUCUGACUACGCAUUGGCAUAUGAGAGCUGCCCCGCGACCCCCGACUCUAUCCAUCGGUCCCUGGCUGUUUGGGCGAGGGGCUUCCCAAUCGGCGUGGGCGAUCCCACGCAAAACAUCACCUCAUGGGCUGACUACAACGUCACGGCCUUGUUUUGUCAGACUCACUACUAUAAACAAGAUUUCACAGUGACUGUCGAUGCAAAAUCCAAAGUGCCUUUUGCGGAUUCUUUUCAGCCAGUGUCUACGAGGGAAGUUCUGACCGUGAACGAAUUCAACUCCACGGCAUUCGAGUUCCUCAUCGCGAAUGGGAUGUCAGAAGGCGCCGAGGGCAUGGCGAAAGACAAGCCGUUCAGCAAUGUCAUUGAGCAAAACGCAAGGGUUUCGGGCUAUGGAUUGAUCAGACCCUUCAGCGCCAUGGUUGGGUUUGUCCUCGCGGGGCAGAACAAGUCACUGGACGCCUAUGGUGACCCCCAAGUACUAGAGAAGGCCUUCGACCGCGCGGCGAAGUACCUGUUCACCGCCACAGUGAGCCGCAUCCUCGCCAACACGACCGACUUCCGCGAUCAUGCCGCCAGCUCAACUUACCCUCUCUCCGGCAUAAUUGUGAGCAGGGCGUUCAGCACCGCCGUUGAGGCUCUGCUCGUGGCGUGCGCCGUGCUGACGCUCGCAUUGCUGUGGCUCUGUCGGAGGGCGCCCUGCCACCUGCGGUCCAAUCCAAACUCCAUAUCGAGGUUGACUGACAUCUUCCGCAACAGUCCUGACAUCCUUGCGGUUUUCGGGAAGCUCGACAAUGCGAACGGGAAGUCCCUGAGCACCAUAUUCCGACAAACCAAGUUCAGACUCUCUCGAUUCAAAGAUGUAGGGGGAUACAAACUGCGCCUUGAGCUUAAGGCGAGCACUUAUGACGAUGAUGCAGAAGGGAAUGCAAAGUCCCCGGAGGCCUACUACGAUCCGAUCCGGCCAUUUGCUCUCACUCGCACAAUGGGCGUCAUAUUUGUUGGCGUCAUGCUUGGCGCCCUCGCCACCAUUGCCUGGUUGAAGUCGGCGGAAACUUCACAAAAUGGGCUGACUCGGCCAUCCCAAUCGUUCGAGGUACUACAGCUGCUCGAGAAUUACAUCCCGACAGCAUUUGCAACCUUGGUCGAACCUUUCUGGGUAAUGCUCAACCGGCUCAUCUGCGUCAUGCAGCCCUUCCAGGACCUCUGCGCUGGCAAGGCUCGACCGGCCAAGAGCAUAGAUACGACGUACUCGGCAAUCCCCCCUCAACUCACUAUCUGGAGAGCCGUCAAAGCGCGCCACCUAGCACUCGUCUUGGUGUGUUUCACCACGCUCGCCGCGAACUUCCUCGGUAUCGGGCUAGGUGCUCUCUUCAAUGAGAAUGUGGCGGCAGUCUCACACUCGCAAGAGUUUAGGCCACUCCUCCAGCCGAAAUUUUCCAACGACUCAAUCGAUACAUGGGCUCGCACAUUGUUAAGCACGCAUUCCUCCGACCAGUACCUCGACCAUUUGACUUUCGCCCUCGCCCACAUAGAGUACGGAACGCCAUUACCUCCGUGGGUUACCGCUGAGUAUUUCUUCAUGCCUCAUGGCACAGUCGACGGGGGCAGGAACCCUUCUACAGAUACGUACACUCUACAAGCUCGAGGCUUGGGUGCCCACUUCAACUGCACAACCAUGCCGGCGCUGGAUGUCCCGCUUGGUGAUCCAAACAGCCAGAACUCAAGCUGCAGUGACCCGCGUGUCUGGGCGAUGCAAGGCAUGCGCAAUGAUGUGCCUACUGCGGACAGACCUGAUCGCAAUGCGUCCAUGAACACAUGCGGCAUCCCCUCUCGAGGCCAGGACGACAAAUGCGACGGGCAGUUCGUUUUCGCCUGGGCGCGCUCGAGCGCGAAGAACCGAACGACAGGGCCUAUACAUGCCAGCUUUGCAGAGUGUCGACCCACGUUUGAGACAGCCAUGUUCAAUAUCACGGUUGACACGGCGGGCAAUGUGUUGUCUUUCAACAGGACGGCAAAUAUCCAGUCGCACUUGGACUUUGACGGCAGUCUGGGUCCCAUCGCGCGUCUCAUCUCAAAUGCCGACGACCUUCUCCGCUGCGAUGGGCGGUGGCGCAACGAUUCCAUUGCCACGGACUGGGUGUCCUACCUUGCGGCUGAUUUGAUAGGGAACAGGGACUUGAUCAGCGCGAACACCACGGUCCCCGAUCCUACCAAGCUGAUCCCAACGAUACACCAGAUAUACCGCCUCACGUUCAGUCUUCUCCUUGGCCUUGGUCAGAAUUAUAUAUUCGAAGAGGCUACUCACGAGCCGACGGUAACCGGUUGGAGACAGACGCAAGAGACAAAAAUAUUCCUCGACACGGCAGCGCUCAUCAUCACCCUUGCCGUGCUUUCGCUCAACGUGGUCGUCGCGGCCCUCUUCUACGCCCGCGCUACCGCAUUCGUCCUUCCCCGGAUGCCAACCAGUAUCGGCUCUAUCCUCGCCUACGUCGCCCCCAGCCGCGCCGUCAGUGCUGCAAGCACCACCAGUCCCUGGCGACAGAACAGGACCUUCAGCUUUGGGCGGUACCGGGGCGUUGACGGCUCGGUACAUGUUGGUAUCGAGCUAGAUCCUCACGUUGUCCCCAUAGAUCCCAAUGCUUUGAGGCGCAACGCUGGGAUAGGCUCUCGGGUGUGGUGGAAGCUGACGAGGCGCAAACCCCCAAAAGGUGCUUUGACAACAUGGCUAUAG